AUGGAAGCAAUCGGUGCGGGUGCCAGCACGCUGGCCUUUGUCCUCUUAGCUCUCAAGUCAGCCAAGAUCAUCAAUGAGUCACUCUCGUUAAUCAAAGAUGCCCCGAGGAUAGUCUCCGAAUUGUCGAAAGAUCUAGAGUCGCUGCAGUCCGUUCUCAGGCGGAUAUCUGGCAGCUCGCUGCAACACGCGCCGACAAGCACGAUUGAGUCAUUAAAUGACAUUCUACAAGCGUGCACGACAGAACUAUCGAGCAUCGAAUGCCGGCUCGCAAAAUUCUCUACAAGCUCUGGCAGUAGUCGCUCGAGUCGCAUGUACAAGGGCGUUCUCGCGUACGUCAAGAAAGAAGACCUAGAGAGUGCGCGAAGCAGGAUUCGAGACAAGUCAACACAGAUGAACCUUUACCUUAGCCUUCUUCAAGCACAGUCACUCUUGCAAGUGUCAUCAAGGAUAGAUACUCAUGCCACAGAAACGGCAAGCAUCCUGGAGCAGAUACUUGGAGAGGUGUCAAAACUUCACACAAAACUUGACCAAGAUGUUGCAGCCAGUGAGGUCGAGCAGCUUCCGACAACCGCAGAAGAUGACGCUAUAGACAGCGCAAUGGCUGGUCAAAUUGGUGCCAUGGCACUCUGUUCCGAGCUUGAGUCUAGCAUAUCCCGCCUCUCUACUCUUAUAAACCAUGACGGCCUGACCUUGGGUGCCGACGAUGCUGAACAGAUCAUUGAUGACCUGCGAAAAUUUGUUGUGAUUGCCAAGGAGAGGUCGAUCGAAAAGUCUAGACCCAGUAGCAACUCCACUGGCUACAGUUCCGUUACAGAAGAUGAUACGAAGGCUUUAGGUGGAGAUCUGAAGCUGAUAGAAGGACUGAUUCUUUCCGCCCCCAUCAUUGCAAUCAACCAGUCGGCCUCUGGUUCCCGAAAGCUUCGUUCUCACCUACCGCAUGGUACGAUCAUCAAGCAGAAGCGAAUAAGAGAAGAGAUCGAUGUUGAUCAUGGCUAUCUCACAAUCUCAACCAACAAGAGAAGACGAAUAUGUACUGGGAGCUCUCCUGGCUCAUCUGGAAGUAUCAACACCUUCCGAGAUGUUGUCGCUAACCUUGUGUUCCGCCCGUCGAGUUCUCCCUGGAUGUUCUCGGUCUCGCUUUCGCAGGGUCAGCUUUUCGAUCGAAGCAUUCAGAGUAUCCCACGAAUAUCGGUCUGCCGCAUAGUUCCGAAUGACUCGCCUGUCUUUACAUUGGUGAAGCAGGGCUCACUCAAGGAGUUCAUAGUCAUGCUGCAGGAUGGCAAAGCAAGCCUACGUGACCACGACGAGCAGGGUAUGCCGCUUCUACAUUAUGCAGCUACGGCGAGCGUGGAGAUGUGCAAGUUCCUGAUCGAGGCUGGAGCAGACGUGGAUGAGAUGGGUGAACAUACGGGUACUGCCCUCUCGCGUAUAGCAGGGCUAGACCGACAUGAUACAACACUAGUACUACUCGAGAAUAUGGCUGAUCCCACGUUAUCAUACCCGGGAUGGGAUAACCCAUUGUCCACGGCUUGUAACCUAGACCUUCCAUCAGCAGAGCUCUUCCUCAAGCACGGGGGACACUUUACGAUGCAUGAUCUAGAGAGCUUCGACCUGAAUGGAAGGACAAGACUUCACCAGGUUUGUAUGGCAGAGAGUAGAAACACGAGCAAGAAGAAAGCAGUCGAUAUGCUGGCGGCGGCUGGGGCCAACCUUAACGCUCGUGUGGCAAAGUCAUGGUCUCCAGACGAUCAUCAGACGUUGGGGUUCACGUGCCUGCACAGUCUUGUUUACAAAGCUCAUCGAAGCAGAGACCGGGACGAGUUAGAAGCCCUCAUCUCCCUGAUCCAACAAGGAGCCGAUGUCCUUGCGGUUGACCAUCAUCAGCAUAGCGUUUCAAUGCGUGCAUAUUUACCUAAUGAUGGCGAUAACCAGUAUUCGUCCAAGGGGUCAUACAGAGGUGAUCUUUGGGAUGCUGCUCUCACGAUAUGCGGCUAUGUUAUUAGCACACUUAGAGAUGCAUAUCCCAGAGUCCCCAGGUAUAACAGAAACUACAGAAGGAAAGACUUCGAGAGAUUAUGGGAGGGGUAUGAAGGCCUCUGUCCGUAUUGGACAGAUGAGCGAUAUCCAGAAACAGGCGGUGAUGACGACUUCUGGAAACAAGCUGUGAGACGCUGCGAGCAUAUCACAUGUUCAGAUUGUGAAGAGCCUCCGCCACAAACUGAUGAGUAUGAUGUGGAGCCAAGAAUAGAUGCCCAUAUCCCAGACUACGCCCAAGCUAUAUAUCGCGAAUGGUACUUCGCUCGCAGUCCGGAGUCUAAUCCUAGCCAUAGGCCUUACAUAGAUCAUAUUCCAAACCAUUAUGACGAUGACGACGACGAAGAGGAGAGUCGGUCCCCUGAUAUUUUUGAGGUGGGGGGCGGGGAAUCCAGUGUGGAUGAGGGAUCUGAUGGGGGUGUUCAGUUUGACAAUGAGAUGAAUAGACCUUCACCACCGAGCAGUGAAGAUGGAGAAGCAGCUUACGAGAGAUUGGUUGGUUCACAUGAGGACGAAGAGAUGGAAUUUGAUGACUACCCUAGUUUCGUCGAUAGAUGGCUGGAGCACUAUAUUCGAGCGGCUGAAGAAGAAUAUGAAGGAUAG